AAUAUUGCCAACCUCGGUCACUUCAUGUUGAGCUUUUGUUCUCACUGAAGCAAUGUUUUAGUGCUUACUGUAAUUCCACGGUUGUUUGUAUAAUUUAAUUCAGAGCCAAGACGACAUGCGGGUUCUCUCUUUGUUUAGACAACAUGUUAUAUUUAAAGUUCUUGUACUUGUACAUUUUUAAGGGCUGUUUUGUCAUUUGGGAGAUUUAUUCAGAACCCCGGUACUCUGAACUAACCUCUCCCUGACCUAAGAAUCUAAACUCUCCCUGACCUUCGUGUUCACUCAGACUACUGUGCCAGAUUAACUUUUAAAGAUGUAUUUUUACAUUUUACUUCUUCAAGUGCUUAAUAUCUUGCUCUUUGUGUAUCUGCGCCUGUUUGUGUGUGUGCUUGUGUGAAGAGAAGAGUCUGGCUCCACUGAAGGUCAGAAUGCCCUAAACAGAAAGAAAGAAGGGAACACACUGGGGUACAUUAAAGUCCUGUGACGUCCCUAGCUCCAGUGGCAACCGGGGUGAUUUACGUCAGGGGGUCGACCCCUCAGCGGACAGCGGCAGCUUAUCAGAGAGUGUGGUGGACACUGACAAAAUAGGAGCGAAGUCCUCUAAUUAAAUUUGCCUGUUCCCGCUCUAAGCUGAGGCCCCUGGAACCAGGCCCGAGUCAACCCGGUGGCUAAUUGAGAAAGCUGCCCCUCUGGUUCACAACCCCUGGGUCAUAAGUGCCAAUAAAACAAUGUGGAAGAGCUAAGUCGUCUGGGGGAAAAAACAUGAGAGAAGCUGAAUUGCAUGAAGAUGAUUUGAUGUGGGUCCAGUGCCAACAUUGGGCUACGUGACAUACAGGGUGUGGCCUUUGUCAGGGUCCCUGACCGCAUCAGGAGUCUCCUCGGGUGGAUCCUCUUUUAUCUGCUUCCCAGCACUGCAAAGCAGCCUGGGAAAGUGCCUCUGCGGCUGGCCGCUGCUCAACGAUCAGAAUUAUUAGAUCACUGUCUCAUUCCUCUUUUGUUCAACCCUCCUGUUAGCACCUCUGCUAGUUAAUGCGCUUGGACACUUUCUACCCUAACCAGGUCAGGUGAGGGUCAAGGAAUGCUUUUUUUCCCCUAACUACAUUCCUGGACACGCAAAGACUUGUGCUUGAGAUUGGAGAGGUCACGGUUCCUCAUUCCCAUGCCAGCACUAUGCCCACCACCAAGCGCCUCUCCUUCAAGAGUGCCAGCCUUGCCUGAGCCAAGUCCCACUCCAGGACUUCCCAGACAACCACACACGCACAACUGGAGUCCGGCACAUUGUGAAGCCUCUAAGGCGGACGAACGGUUCCAGUAGACAUAGCCCCAAGGUCUGACAAGGUACAGCGACACCUUACAGUGAAACCCAGAUAAUGAACAAGAGGCUCAAAUGACAGAAGAUCAUACUUCGUUCCUCUCCAGUUUCACUCGCCGAGUUUUCGAAGGGCGUACAGGACAACUUGUUCUUCAGGAGAAAUGCUGUCAUUUUUAUACACCCUCAGUUUUAGGUGAUGAAUUGAUGAAGGUGCUCAACGACCAGGGUGUUUCUCAAACAGGGAAGGAGCCCACUGACAAAGGUAAGGUUGGUUCCUACCUCAGAGGAUCAUCCACACCCGUUGCUGCAUUCCCUCUGAGAUGUAGCCAACCAGCUCGCUUUCAUCCAGCCUUGUUAUCUAAACUGUCCUUGGUUUGCGGCAAGCCUGGUAACCCAACUAGGGUUUAAUAGCGGGAACCAGGUAACUGAGGUUUCCGGCCCAAACCCACUCCCGUUUCCCGGGAUAAAUAACUGUGAGAAACCGGUAAAUUAUAAUAAAUUAUUUAUCUGAACAGCUUGAAGUGAAAUAGAACUGUUAAAUGAUAUGCAAUGUCCAAGUCUGUCUUUACGACUUCCUCUGCUCUGCUAUCUGCAUGAUCAAUCAUCAACACUCAGGGUGGGGACAGACAGCGCAUCUCAUAUGGAGUGCAGUUCACAAUGCAUGUAUCAUCUCAUCAGCAGGCCAUCGUUUUGAGGAUGUCCCUGGGGUACGGAGACACCUGGUCAGAAAGAGCACCAAAGGCCAAGUGGUGCAUGUCGGCAAGGACCACAAGGAGCCCUGCACACGCAGCCAAAAAAAGGACCGGACCCCACAUGAGGUGUUUGUGGAGCUGAACGAGCUUAUCAUAGAUAAGAACCAGGAGAUGCAGUGGCGGGAGACGGCCCGUUGGAUCAAGUUUGAGGAGGACGUGGAGGAGGAGACGGACCGCUGGGGCAAACCCCACGUGGCCUCGCUCUCCUUCCGCAGCCUGUUGGAGCUCCGCAAGACCAUCUCCCAUGGGGCGGUGUUGUUGGACCUGGACCAGAAGACUUUGCCUGGCAUUGCCCACCAGGUGGUAGAGCAGAUGAUCAUCUCAGACCAGAUCAAGGCUGAGGACCGCGCAAACGUGCUCCGAGCCCUGCUGCUCAAACACAGUCACCCAAGCGAUGAGAAGGAGCACAGCCACAACCCCUUCCCCAGGAACAUCUCGGCGGCCAGCCUGGGCAACCUGCUGCCCCAGCAACACAGCUCCAACCACAUCCACCAUCCAGAGCCCUCCGUCACAGACCCCCUCAUGGGCUCGGCCAGCACAGGGGAGCAGGAGACACGUAUCGACAUGGAGAAGAACGACCUGCAGCAGAAGGAGUCUACUCCAAAUAUCGGCAUACACAGGUCGAAGUCCAAGCAUGAGCUCAAGCUGCUGGAGAAGAUUCCACAGAAUGCUGAGGCCACUGUUGUCCUUGUGGGCAGCGUGGACUUCCUGGAGCAGCCCACCAUGGCCUUUGUGCGGCUGCAGGAGGCGGAGGAGCUAGACUCUGUCCUGGAGGUCCCAGUGCCAGUCAGGUUCAUCUUUGUCCUGCUGGGUCCCCCCAGCACCAACAUGGACUACCACCAAAUCGGACGCUCCAUCUCCACACUCAUGUCUGACAAGCACUUCCAUGAGUCGGCCUACCUGGCGGACGACCGCCAGGACCUGCUCAACGCCAUCAACGGCUUCCUGGACUGCAGCAUCGUUCUGCCACCCUCCGAGAUGGGCGGUGAGGAGCUGCUACGCUCCGUGGCACGCUUCCAGAAGGAGAUGCUUCGCAAGCGGGAGGAGCAAGGAGCCCUGCUGGCCAAGGAGCCCAAGAGCCAGAAGGAAAAAGAGGCCCUCCUCUCCCCCGGGAAGCCGGGAGACGACCCCCUGCAGCGUACUGGACGCCCCUUCGGAGGCUUAAUCCGAGACGUGAAGCGCCGCUACCCAAAGUACGUGAGUGACUUCAAGGACGCGCUGAACGCCCAGUGCGCUGCGGCCAUCAUCUUCAUCUACUUCGCUGCCCUCUCCCCCGCCAUAACCUUCGGAGGCCUCCUGGGUGAGAAGACUGAGGGUCUGAUUGGUGUGUCUGAGCUGAUCGUGGCCACAGCUGUGCAGGGUGUUCUUUUCUGCCUCCUGGGGGCCCAGCCGCUCCUGGUGGUUGGCUUCUCCGGACCCCUGCUCGUCUUUGAAGAGGCCUUCUACUCUUUCUGUAAGGGGAACGGGAUAGAGUACCUGACGGGCCGGGUGUGGAUCGGCUUCUGGCUCAUCAUCAUCGUGGUGACGACAGUGGCCUUGGAAGGUAGCUUCCUGGUCCGCUUUGUCUCACGCUUCACCCAGGAGAUCUUCUCCUUCCUCAUCUCGCUCAUCUUCAUCUUCGAGACCUUCUCCAAGAUAGGCAAGAUUUUCAUGGAGCACCCACUGCAGCGCUGUUACCUUGACAACAGCACGGCGGAGAACGCAACGAUGGAGAAUAGCACCCUGGAGCUAUUGCUUGGCAACAGCACUAUUUCGGUGGUGUCGGUGAAGGUCCUAGGGGAACCCAACACAGCACUGCUCUCCCUUGUACUCAUGUCUGGAACCUUCUUCAUUGCAUUCUACCUGCGCAAGUUCAAAAACAGUGCCUUCUUUCCUGGCAAGCUCCGUAGGAUUAUUGGAGAUUUCGGGGUCCCCAUAGCCAUCCUCAUCAUGGUCCUAGUGGACUACAGUAUACGUGACACUUACACACAGAAACUGAGCGUGCCCAGUGGCUUCUCUGUGACCAGUCCUGAGAAGCGUGGCUGGGUGAUCAACCCCCUAGGCAUGUACACCCCGUUCCCCAUCUGGAUGAUGUUUGGCAGUGUGCUGCCCGCCCUGCUGGUCUUCAUCCUCAUCUUCAUGGAGACACAGAUCACCACUCUGAUAGUGAGUAAAAAGGAGCGGAUGCUGGUGAAGGGUUCUGGCUUCCACCUGGACCUGCUGGUGAUUGUAGUGCUGGGAGGCACCUCUGCCCUGUUCGGCCUGCCCUGGAUGGCCGCUGCCACUGUGCGCUCUGUAACGCACGCCAACGCCCUCACCGUCAUGAGUAAGGCGGUCGCCCCCGGCGACAAGCCCCGCAUCCAGGAGGUCAAGGAGCAGCGGGUUACAGGGUUGCUGGUGGCCAUCUUAGUAGGCCUUUCCAUAGUGAUCGGAGACCUGCUGCGUCAGAUCCCCAUCGCUGUGCUGUUUGGCAUCUUCCUCUACAUGGGCGUGAUGUCACUCAAUGGAAUCCAGUUCACCGAGCGCCUAAUGUUACUGCUGAUGCCCCCCAAGUACCACCCCGACCACACCUACGUCCGCAAGGUGAAAACGCUGCGGAUGCACCUGUAUACACUGAUCCAGCUGGUGUGUCUGGCGGCGCUGUGGGCCGUCAUGUCAACCGUGGCCUCUCUGGCUUUCCCUUUCGUCCUCAUCCUCACCGUCCCCGUCAAGAUGUUCCUGUUGUCGCGCAUCUUCACCACCCGUGAGAUGCAGUGUCUCGAUGCUGAUGACGCAGAGCCCGUCUUUGACGAGAGAGAGGUCCAUGAUGAAUACUCAGAGAUGCACAUGCCUGUGUGACCCACACCAUCAUAUACCUACCAACCACUGUAUUCUUCUCUGUGUCCACACCAUUCUGCCAAUCAAUCAACCAGCCAAUGAAAUGCCUGCCCAAAGGAUCACUCAUAACCCCCUGUCAAUCUCAUUCACUGGGACAGAGUUCAAUUGGGUGACAUAAGUAGAUUCAACGUUCAGGCGUUCUCAUGAUGACACACAGCUGGAAAUGGAGACACAUUAUAAGGGGGAACUUCCUGUCCUCUGAAGGGGUUAGGGGUCGUAACCCUUCAGAGAGCACUUUGUGGCAUUAGGUAUGAAUACAGACUGAAAGGUCCAAUCGGUUCAGCAUAUUUAUUUUGUUCAUCAUCCAUGUUUUAAAAUAUUUCAACAUAUUUGCCUUUUUGGGGGGGUUCAGGGGUUCAAAUCCAGUUGUGUUUUUAUAGAUGUGUAUUUUCAAGGUUUAUUCCAGUGACCGUGUAUGGUAGGUAGUUUAGUACACAAUUAUUUGUUUUUCAACCCUGACAGGUUGUGCUGAUUCACAUUGAAUGUGCGGAGGAUUAUAUAUGGGAUACAUUCCUUGAGUCAAUAUAUUUAACAUAUUGUGCUUUCACUUUGUAUGUUUAGCUCUUUUAGCUCACUAAGCGCCUUAUGAAGGACAUGAUGGCUGGACAGAGAAACCUAAUUAUGUUGCUUUUGUUUUUAACAGCUGUUCCUUCAAGAGCACCUCUAAGCCCUCUGCACUUUUUAAGGCAUAAUAUUGAAUGUUUUAUAUUUGACUUAGUGUCUAUCAAAACACUAUGCUGUGUAUUUUUGUAAAAAAAAAAUGUAAGGUUCCUUAGAUUUUUCUCUCCCGGCAAUUCCAUUAGCUAAAAAGGAAGGCGUGUGAUUUUAUGUUUCCAAACGAUUGCAAAGGGGACACAAACUGCUCCAACCUCAGACUGAUAUUAAGGUAGUGUUAGCCCGGUUGUUUUACCAAUAGUCAUUACAACACUGCUCAGCAAUCACAGCAGUCUUGUGAAGUCGUGAUGAAUUGAAAUGUGCAUAUCUAUGUUAUUGUGUAGUUUAUUUGCUUUCAUCCAUUCAUCAUCCUCCUCUAGUGUUUAUGCUGCCAUUGUGGUGGCUGAAGUUUACCAGCAGAGGGAGACGAAAUAUAACCAAAGUACACAUUGUAGUACCAAAUGAUUUUAAAGUACUGUACUGAAUGUUAAAUAACUCCCCAACUAUUUAUUUUUCGUUAGCAUUUCCUCCAUAAAAGCUGAAAUGGGAUCACAUCUCUCAAGUGCUACACAAUCUCAAGACCUUUCUUAAGUACUGUCUAUAUACACUAAACAUCGUGAUACUUUCGGCAAGUACAGUAAACUUCUUGUAGUAUUGUUCUAAUAAGGAGCUGUUUAGUUUCACAUAUUUGGUCAUCUAAAGUAUAUCCUGCUGAAUCCCUUUCUGAAAGUUAUCGACGUGCAUCUAUGGGGUUCACCUUCACCUUUUGCAUUCUCACUGUGUAUGUUAAAGUGGUCUACCUACCAGCAUAAAGCUAGUCAGUAUUUUGAGGGGGGAGCACUAAUCUAUUUGUAUUUUCCUGUGUGUGAGUGGUUUUAUUUCUUGCCAAAUCUCGGCCAUUUAAAACGUUUCAAGUUUGGUCAGAACUAUCAAAUGUGGGUGUUAUCGCACCUGUUACUUGCCACCAGGUUUAUGAUGUUUCCGAGGUGGGCAAAGUGGUUCAGCGGGUCAAGACCAUUUCUCUCACAACAUUCCAUUUUCAUUUUGAUUUUGAUUUCAAGUAGUAUUAGUGAUUAUUAUAAAAAUUAUCCAAAGUUUUUAGAUCACCCAUGCCAGGGUAAUCUCUUGUGGAAAGACUACGUAAACAUAAAUCAUACUGUAGAUCUGUCAUGAUACAACUGGAUGUGUGAGAUCUGCAGCAUUAGUUCCAGUGCUUGGGUUUUUUGUCACUGGUUAUUUGGACAAAUCCUGAUUUUUGCAGGCGUUAGCAUAUUUUGGAUGGAGCAGGGACAUUUGGCUCAUAUACUUGCCUGUAGAGAGAAAGGGUAGAGUUCUUUUUGUUUUUGGUUCUGAUCCUCGUUCUAUCUCUUCUCUUAACACUUAUGGACCCAGAUCUUAAUUGAACAUCUGACCAAUUACGCACGACUUAAGUUCUGGGUUUACUAAGAUUAAUGCCAGGGGAAUGGCUUAAAGCCUUUUUAAAGAUGUUUCUAAUAUAUACGGAUGUCUGGAGUUAGACCUAUGAAUAUACUUUUUUUUACCUGAAAUGCAGUCAUUGAUUGUGAAGACUGGACCUCAGGUCUGUCUUUUGUUCUUUCUUGCCUCUUUAUUGUUUCUCUAGCAAGGGGGAGGCCGAAGACCUCACUAAUCCCCUUCAGACCAACUCCUUAACCUUUUUUUUAUCCUUUAGUGUGUGUACUUUACUGUAUUUAUACUUGGGAUAUUGCCUUUCAACAGUAAAAGUUCAGAAAUGUCUCUUUCUGUGCACCUCAGCUAAGCUAUACUUGGCUCCAUAUUCCCACGGUCUAUGGCUACAGGCAGCCCAACUCUGAUCUUUUGUUCAACUAUUGGCAAAAGAGCUGAUCUGAUUGGUCAAAAGACCAAUAAGUGGAAAAGAUAUCAGAAUCCGGCUGACGGUGUAAACGCAUUCGAAGUCCUUUAUUUGUGUCUGAAUUGAUCUACAGCUGCACGUGAAUGUAUACGAUAUGUGAUUGUGACAUUUAUCACCUGACUCCGUCAUAGCCGUCAUAUAUAUUUUUUCCAGUAUGUCACUCAAGUUCAAUUUGUUUUCACUUUUA